AUCUGUUUACAGUUUCGAAAAUUCCAAGUCCAAUGAAUUAGUUUGCAUCGCAAUUCUUGUACAAUUUAAUUUUUACUUUGAAUACGAAGUGCUCUACUGGCUGGUUGCAAUGGUAACGAUAGUACCAUCACGAUUCGCCGGUCUACGAAUUGAGGAUGAUGAAGAAGACCAGCCGAAACCAAAACAAAAAGCUGCCGUAAAUCAGAAAUCUAUCGCCGCCUCAGGCAGCAGCGGCAACAAACAGUCCAGUAUUCACCAUAAUCAGAAAAAGCCCAAACCGAAAAAGCCUAAGAAGUCUUCCAACGAGGGUGCACAAAAAGAGCAAUGGUCGAAAUGGCAGGAAAAAGACACCGAAAUCGUUGAAAGUCAUUACGAGAAAGAUUUGGAACAGGCGUUGCUGUUAUCCAAGCUCGAAUUCGAAGCAAAUAAGACUAAAUCUUUCAAAGCGGAACGAGAAGCCAAGCAAUCCGCAAAACCGAAAAAGUCGCGUCCACUAUCGUUGCAACAGUUUCAGUCGAAAAUCGACAAAGAUUCAAUUGAAAAAGAGGCAGAAAACAGGCGAAAAGCCGACGAGAUCGAGUACAACAAGAAAGUUCCUUUCUUCGAUCAAAUUGACCGAGAGACGAAACAAAUUAUUCAAAAGGAGCAGUACAAAUCUUUGGUUUCCAACCGCGAGUACAAAUUCGUUGCGGACGAGAAUAAGAAACCGGAGGAAUCAUCUACGCCGGUAAGUGGCGAGUUGGAUGAGCUCAAAGCCGAAAAUGCUACCCUGCGGGCGCAGCUGGAAUUGGCUAGAACAAGACUGAAGAAGGUUUGCACGAUGCUCAGGACGGGGGAGAUGAAGGAUAAAACCGAACUACUGGUCGAGAUUGAGAAGCUCAAGAAGACACAGGAAGACAUGUCCGGCGAGAUGGCUGCUUUGUAUGUGCAGCUGGAGCAGGAAAAGUCUAAAACCGGCAGUUCAAGUCACGAGCGUGGUAAGGAGCGAGCAAGUGGCAGGAAGUCCGUUCGGUUCGAUGCGUCCACGGAGAUUCAUAACGGGAGAAAUGAGUAGUGUGCAAAUAGUUUCGUUUCAGUUAUUACUUCUAAUGUUUCUAUAAAUUAAACGAUCUCAUGAAGUGUCCAUGAUGUUUUGUGAACAAUUAAAUAUAGUCAAGCGGUGCAAAUAAAAAAAAUGGUUGACGCAGAA